AGCUCAUCUCCUGGGUCACCUUACCUAGCAGGCUAGCACUAGCAGCCUCCCUCAACACUCGCAAGCCCUUGCACUGCUAGCUGCGCCCUUAAUUUCACAACGAUGAGGAGGCAGAGCUCGCUCGCUCGCUCAUACUCCUCAGUGGCACCGGUACCGGCACCGGCAUCGCCACCGCACAACGGAGGUGUGAAUGGCAAGCACUUGCCUCCGCCCAUGGAGGUGUCGGCGGAGGCCGGGAACGCCGGUGCUGCCGAGUGGCUGGACGACGACGGCCGCCCUCGCCGCAAGGGCACGUUCUGGACAGCCAGCGCACACAUCAUCACCGCCGUCAUCGGCUCCGGCGUGCUCUCCCUCGCCUGGGCCAUUGCGCAGCUCGGCUGGGUUGCCGGCCCUACCGCCAUGCUCCUCUUCGCCUUCGUCACCUACUACACCGCCACCCUACUCGCCGAGUGCUACCGGACCGGCGACCCCGACACCGGCAAGCGCAACUACACGUACAUGGACGCCGUGCGCUCCAACCUCGGCGGCAAAAAGGUCGUGUUCUGCGGCGUCAUCCAGUACGCCAACCUCGUCGGCGUCGCCAUUGGCUACACCAUCGCGUCGUCCAUCAGCAUGAAGGCCAUCAGGAGAGCUGGGUGCUUCCACACCCACGGUCAUGGGGAUCCCUGCAAGAGCUCCAGCACCCCGUACAUGAUCCUCUUCGGCGUUGUGCAGAUCCUCUUCUCGCAGAUACCGGACUUCGAUGAGAUUUGGUGGCUCUCCAUUGUCGCUGCAGUCAUGUCCUUCACCUAUUCUUCUAUCGGACUGUCCCUCGGAAUCGCACAGACCGUCUCCAACGGUGGGUUCAAGGGCACUCUCACCAGCAUCGGCUUCGGCGCCGGCGUCACCUCGACGCAGAAGAUCUGGCACACCCUGCAGGCAUUCGGCGACAUCGCCUUCGCCUACUCCUUCUCCAACAUCCUCAUCGAGAUCCAAGACACGAUCAAGGCGCCACCACCGUCGGAGUCGAAGGUGAUGCAGAAGGCGACGCGUCUCAGCGUGGCGACGACGACCAUCUUCUACAUGCUGUGCGGCUGCAUGGGGUACGCGGCUUUCGGUGACAACGCGCCGGAUAACCUGCUCACCGGCUUCGGCUUCUACGAGCCCUUCUGGCUGCUCGACGUCGCCAACGUCGCCAUCGUCGUGCACCUCGUCGGCGCGUACCAGGUGUUCUGCCAGCCCAUCUUCGCCUUCGUCGAGCGCCGCGCCGCCGCGGCGUGGCCGGACAGCGCCUUCAUCUCCCGGGAGCUCCGUGUCGGUCCCUUCGCCCUGAGCCUUUUCCGCCUGACAUGGCGGUCGGCGUUCGUGUGCGUCACCACCGUCGUGGCCAUGCUGCUGCCGUUCUUCGGCGACGUGGCGGGGCUCCUCGGCGCCGUCUCGUUCUGGCCGCUCACCGUCUACUUCCCCGUCGAGAUGUACAUCAAGCAACGUCGUGUGCCUCGUGGAAGCCCCAGGUGGAUCAGCCUCCAGACGCUCAGCUUCACCUGCCUCCUCGUCUCCAUUGCCGCCGCCGCCGGUUCCAUCGCCGACGUCGUGGAUGCGCUCAAGGUGUACCAGCCGUUCAGUGGCUAACAUGGAAGAACGUGGAGGGAUCUGUGUAGAACGCAGGACCAUGAACAACUUUGAAAAAAAUCGAUCACUGCAGAACAAAUUUGCGGUUACUACGGUUACUAGCCAAGCAAAGCGAGGCGACCUGUUAUUGAGCAUCUUCAACAGAAGACUAAUAACACUACAAAACUGAUAUUUGUGUU